UUUUUUUUUUAUUUAUUUAUUUCUUACUUGACAUAUAUAAUAAUUGAUGAUCAAAAAUGAAGUCAACUACUUCUUUAUGGAUCAUCGUUUUCCUAUUAUCCUUUCAACAACUUUUUAAUGGUAUUCAAUCUCAAAUAAUACCAACUUUCAGUUUUCCUUCACAACAACCAACUGCAACUGUACCUUCUUCUUCUUCUCAACCAUCUUCUCCAAGUCCUUCUCCAAGUCCUUCACCAAGUCCUUCACCUAGUCCUUCACCCAGUCCUUCUUCCUCUUCUUUUUCUCCUAUCAUUCCAUCUUCUUCUUCCUCUUCUUCUAUUAUUCCAUCCUCUUCUUCAAGUAGUAUUAUUUCUUCUUCUUCUAGUACUCCGUCUUCCACUUCUUCUUCUUCUACUCAACAUACUUCUUCUUCUUCUUCAUCUUCCUCAUCUUCUACCGCAACUUCAACUUCUACUUCCAAGGAUUCCGAAAAUACUACACCUACUAUUGUUGGAGCUGUUGUCGGCGGGGUUGUUGGUCUUGCGCUCCUUGGUGGUUUAUUGACUUGGUUGAAUCGUCGUGGUGGAUGUACAAGUAAAACAAAUCAACGUAAAGCAAACUUUGAAGACUUUGGCUUGGCUGAACGUGAUUUCCCUCAUCAUCGUUCACCUGCCAUGACUCAUACAGGUAUGGGCGCUGCUACUGGUGCUGCUGGUGUUGGUGCUGCUGCAAUGGCUUCUCCUACUAUUCCUCGUUUGAAUGACCAAGGUAAUUACUAUAAUGAUCCCGGAAACCAGCAACAUUAUGGUCAACAAGGUUAUGAUUAUCACGAUGGUGGCGCUUACUAUUAUCCACAAGACACGGCUGGUUAUGAUGCUAAUGGUAAUUAUUAUGACGAAAAUGGUUAUUAUUAUGAUGGUACUACUGGUCAACCUAUCAACACGACAACUGGUCCUUACGAACCCAUGGCUCCUCCUCAACAAGGUUAUCAUUCUGUUCAAGGUUCUCCUUCAGUAGGUUCAAAUAAUCCUCUUCCUCCUCUACCUAAUGCUGGUGGUUCUCCUGAUAUUCACAAACCUGAUGCUGCCAAUCGUUAGUUAGAAUCAAGUUUCCCUCCUUCCAUUACUUUGAUCUAUGUUGUUUUGAUCAAUAUAACAAUGUACUUUUAUAUUAUCUCAAUUAGUUAUUCUUUAUCUCUUAUAUAUUAGUUCUUAGUAUUUCAUAUUUAUAUAUAUAUAUAUAAUAAAAAAAAAUCGGCUUCUUCCUCAUCUU